AUGUCCAGUCCCCAGACCUGCACACUGCCACGGAGGGCGCCUGGCUUGGACAGCCCUCACCUGGACGCUGAUGGACCCCCUCCCACCGUGGGCGUCAUCACCCCUCGCCUGGACCCCCCCGUGGGCAUCAUCACCCCUCACCUGGGCCCCCCGUGGGCGUCAUCACCCCUCGCCUGGACCUCCACGCCGUGGGCAUCAUCACCCCUCGCCUGGACCCCCCGUGGGCGUCAUCACCCCUCGCCUGGACCCCCCGUGGGUGUCAUCACCCCUCGCCUGGACCUCCACGCCGUGGGCGUCAUCACCCCUCACCUGGACCCCCCCGCCGUGGGCAUCAUCACCCCUCGCCUGGACCCCCCGUGGGCGUCAUCACCCCUCGCCUGGACCCCCCGUGGGCAUCAUCACCCUUCGCCUGGACCCCCCUGCCGUGGGAAUCAUCACCCCUCGCCUGGACCCCCCGUGGGCGUCAUCACCCCUCGCCUGGACCCCCCUGCCGUGGGCGUCAUCACCCCUCACCUGGACCCCCGACCCCCCGUGGGCGUCAUCACCCCUUGCCUGGGCCCCCCUGUGGACGUCAUCACCUGGACCCCCCGUGGGCGUCAUCACCCCUCGCCUGGACCCCCCGUGGGCGUCAUCACCCCUCGCCUGGACCCCCCCGCCGUGGGCGUCAUCACCCCUCGCCUGGACCCCCCAGAUGCUAUGGAGACAGAAAACUACAAGUGUUGGUGA